AUGUCGGCAGUCACAAAUGGGCACACGCACGAGUCGGAGCAGAUAGCUCACACGGAAGAGAAGCAUUUGCCAGGAGGCUGGGUUGUUCUCAAGUUUGGGGGUACGAGUGUGGGCAAAUUCGCGGAGAACAUAGCGGGCAUUGUCAAAGCUGGUCUUCAGACGAACCGCGCCGCUAUCGUGUGCUCCGCGCGCAGCAGCAACACAAAGCUGGAAGGAACCACCAACCGCCUUCUUCGCACCGCCCGCGCUGCCGAGAAACCAAAUAACCGUGGCUAUGACGAGAUUGUGGAAGCCAUUCGCGUCGACCACAUCCAAGCCGGGAAGGAUAUCCUGAAGAGUCCCGAAAUCUUGGCUUCCUACACCGAAGAGGUGAAUGCCGAGUGCGAGAGUCUGAUUAAGAUUCUUGAGUCGGCGCAACACUUGGAGGAAGUCACUUGCCGUGCCGAGGACAAGAUCAUUAGCAAAGGUGAGAAGCUGAGCUGUCGGUAUAUGGCCGCGCUGUUGAAUGAUCGCGGAACACCCGCGCAGUUCGUCGACCUUAGCGACGUCGUCAAGUUCAAUGCGCCUGUCAAGGGCGGACUCAACGACAAGUUCUACAAGGAUCUCGCUGAAGAACUGGGCAAGGAGGUGGCAGCCUGCGGAAACAAGGUCCCAGUUAUCACAGGCUACUUUGGGAACGUGCCAGGAGGCCUGCUCAACUCCAUCGGACGUGGAUACACGGACCUAUGUGCUGCGCUGGUUGCUGUUGGCACCAAGGCGAAGGAGCUUCAGGUCUGGAAGGAGGUGGAUGGCAUCUUCACCGCUGACCCCCGCAAGGUCGCCACUGCUGCGUUACUUCCCACUGUGACGCCUGCCGAGGCCGCCGAAUUGACUUUCUACGGCUCCGAAGUCAUUCAUCCCUUCACUAUGGAACAGGUCAUUCGCGCCCGCAUCCCCAUCCGUAUCAAGAACGUCAUGAACCCACGCAAUGCUGGCACCAUCAUCUUCCCAGACAAUCUGCACAAUAUUGACGAUCGUGCGCCUCUGAAAGACACGACUCUCUUUCGCACGCGUUCAGCAAGCUUGCUUACUCAGCUGGAAGGCCCCAAGCGCCCUACUGCUGUGACCAUCAAGCACAACAUUGUCGUGCUCAACGUGCACAGCAACAAGCGCACCCGUGCUCAUGGCUUCCUCAUGAACAUCUUCAGCAUCCUGGAUAAAUGGCACCUUUCUGUCGACCUCAUCUCGUCGUCCGAGGUGCAUGUGUCCAUGGCUUUGCACUCGGAAUCCGCCCUCCUCAGCGGCGGUGGUGAGGACGAAUACAGAAUUCAGGACAAGGAUCUUCAGGGCGCCGUCAAUGACCUCGGUCAGCUCGGUGCCAUUGACAUUGUUCCCGACAUGGCCAUUGUAAGCCUAGUGGGUAAGCAGCUGAAGAACAUGAUUGGUAUCUCCGGCAAGUUCUUCAGCGUCUUGGGCAAGAACAACAUUAAUAUCGAGAUGAUAUCGCAAGGCGCCAGCGAGAUUAACAUAUCCUGCGUAAUUGAAGAGCGCGAAGCUGACCGCGCUCUCAAUGUUGUACAUACAAACCUUUUUACUUUCUUGGACUAGGAGUCCAUCUGCAUCAGGUGGAGUUGGAUACCACUUAGACAAAAUUCUCCAUGAUAAAUCUAUUGUCAUUCUGCUGUC